UGGUGAUAAGACGCUGGUCUCCAGACAAGCCCGGCCAUGUGGUGUAAAGUCCUCGUCUAUGUCGUCCUACUGACUCUCAUAAAACACGUGACUCCAGAUGAAGUUGUAGCCAGAGUGAACGCGAGCGCGAGCCUGCCCUGCCAUGUGACGUUCCCGCCCUCUGCACGAGGCGUCGUCCACCGCUCGCUCAUCAGUGCCAGCUGGAGAAGUAACGGCUCUGUGCUCGCGACGUUCACAGACACGGCAACACACAUAAAGGACGGCUUCAGCUGGGACCUCAGUGAGUUCAUCAACGGGGACUUUUCACUGACCCUCCUCACUGCCACUCCUGCCCUGCAGGGGGCGUACCAUUGUGCAGUCAGCUACAACUCUACACUGCUGAACUCCAGUCAUGUUACAUUUGCUAUCACUGCUCCGCCCACUCUGUCUGUGCCUCAGCAGUGGGUGGUGUUAGAGACAGAGAACCAUCUUAAGUGCCACGCACACGGUUUCUACCCACCGCCUGUUCUUUUCUCCUGGACCAGAGAUGACCAAGAGAUUGGGCCUCCCCUCCAGGCUGAAAGUGAACCCACUCCAGACGGGUUCUACACAGCUGUGGGAAACCUGACCUUCUUCCCUUCUCGCGAGGACCAGAAUGUGACGUUCAGCUGUGUCGCGUCACACGACGGCACCGACCAACAGCUGGAUUUCCAACUCAAUAUCACGUAUCCUCCGUCGGUCCGCCUCGCCGCGGUGCCGCCACAGUCCAACAGCGUCCCUCUCACUGUGUACUGUGACCUGGACAGUUUCUACCCAGAGGAAGUGUCCGUGUCCUGGAGUCAGAAUGGCACGACUCUCCCCGCACCACCCACCAUUGAGCAAAACCCGGACGGGACCUACAAAACCAGAUCCUACUAUACCCUGAACGUCGAGCAGAGGGGGCGAGGUGGACAGGUGGAGUGUGCAGUGAGCCAGCCUGGAGCGGUGCAGCCGGUCAGCGGCUCAGCACACCUGGAGAAACUAGAUCCGCAGAAUGAGGCUCCAGUGUUGACUAAAUCAGCCAAAGCGUCUGUGGCUAUGAUGUGCAUCUCUAUCGUGCUGGUCUUCCUGCUCUGCUUUGGCUUUUCUUGGAGGAGAAGGGACGAGAAGCAGAAGUCUCUGACGGUGUCAGGAAUCAUCCUCCCUCCUCGUGUGAUUGUGGGUCAAAAGGGCAGAGUGUCCGUGAGCAUCGAGGGGAGGAGGGUGGACCGAGUCCAGACUGCGUGGUUCCUCAACAACACCCCCAUCUCUGACACCUCCUUCACAGCAUCAGAGAAAGGGCCUCUGCUGCCCUCCAGAGGCGAGAUGACUUACUACAAGCUGCACACACAGGGGCCCCUGCACUCGUCUGGGAGUGGGAUUCAGCAGCUGAUCUCCGCCGUCACCUUCAUCCCCCACAUCUCACUGCACAAGGCGGCCACAUUCAAGUGUCAGGUGUCCUACAUCGGCAAGGACAAGAUCGUGAUGGAGAGAGUGUCGGAGAAGUUCACCAUUCUGUCUGCUCCUGAAGUGUCAGACAUCCAGCUGGCAGAGACACACAAUAAUGCUGAUAUAAUCAGCCUGACAGUGCGGGCGUCACAUUUCCACCCAGACAUCAUCACGUUCCGCUGGUUCUGCGAGGGCGGCGAGCUGAGCCCCGUGGCCUCCCAGGCCUCGUCCUCCCCCAGACCCAAUCCUGAGGGCUUCUUCUCGGCCUACAGUCAGUGUAAGUUGCCACGAAGUGAACUGGAAAAGGGCGGCACUAAGGUGUGGGUCAGUGUCCACCACAUCGCCCUGAAGCAGCCCGUCACCAGGGAAACCAGAGGAUUCCUGAAGAGGCCGCACGUGUCCGAGAUCCUGCGAUCCGCUUCCUCCCCAGAGCAGACUUUGACUCUGGGCUGCGAGAUCACAGACUUCUACCCUCCCGACAUAUCCGUCACCUGGCUGAGGCUGAGAGAGGGAGAGCAGGACGACAGAGAGGAGGAGGUGAUGGACGGAGGACAGCUGUGGGGCCCUUUACAGACCCAACCCAGAAUCUACAGGGCCACGUCCGUGCUGAAGACCAGAGCGGCCGAUCAGGAGAGGACGGACAGAAGAGGAGGGAUUAUGUGCAGAGUGGAGCACAGUUCUCUGCACGAGCCGAUCCAGAGACACUGGAGAAAUGUUGACAUCGUUGCUCCCUCCAUUCCCGCCUCCAUCUCCGUGUGUUGGAGCAGUGAGGGCGUCGGUGUGUUCUCCCUCCUGCUAAAGGUUAAAGGUCAUUCCAAGGCCAAACUACUGUGGGCGGCCGGAGGAGCCGCUCUCUCACCGCUGGCGUCCAGUGAAACAGAGGAGAUAGGAGACGACGGGCAGAGGGAGCUGAGGAGUGUGUGUGCACUGGAGAGGUCCAGCAGUCUGUCCAGUCACAGCAACACACAGCAGCCGGACAGACAGAAGAACAGACACGCCAUCAAAACAAAAGCUGCUGUUACAGACCCAAACGCAGAGGGAAUACAAUACAUCGACGAAAAGGUGGACGGAGAGAAUAACAACAUUGACAGAGAUGAGGAGACAAAGUCAGAAGUGGACGAGGACAGUGACAAGGACAGUGAGGGAGACCCAGGCGCGUUGCACAUCAACAGGGUGAACCUGAGCAGAGGUCCCCGAGAGGACGAGAGGGAGCGUUUAAGAGUCCUCGUGGAGAUCAGACAUCCUGCACUCAAACUUCCUGUGUAUCGAGACUGGACGGAGCCCAACGAUGAAAUGUCAUCUACUACAUGGAAGCUAUAACUGAUUUAAUACAAUACAUAACUAUAGUUAUAUACAUACUCAACUGGCUUUAAUGGAAUUGGCAAAUGUGCUUUUGUUUCAUUUUUUGUGUGUGUUUUCAGUGUUUUAAUUUGAAUU